AAAAUUUAAAUUUUCUCUAAAUUAAUCCUGUUUACGAGGGAAAAUAAAAUUAAAAAAAAUAAAAUUUUGUUUUAAAAAACAAACAUUAAUCUUCUUCAAUCGAAAAACCCACCAGCCAUUUUUGCUACUUUUGACUGUUCUUUACUAAUUCCCCAACUUAUUGCUCAUUCAAACCUCUGUCUUCGCUUACCUUAAACGGCAAUUCCUCUUUCUUUCUCUCUCCCUUUCCCCCCCUUUUCCAAAACCCUAAUUUUGCAGCUUCAGGGUAUUGUUGAUCUGGCUCAAUGUGGAGUUUCUGCUUCAGUAUUUUGUAAAGGGCGGCUGGUUGGGAUUGUAAGUUAAUGUAAAGGGUGCUGUGGGUGGGAGAUGGCAGCCGAGGGAAAACGUUCGAAGGGGCGCUUCCUCUACCUGUUCGAUUGGAAUGCCAAAUCCCGGAAAAAGUUAUUCUCUUACAAAACUGAUUUAUCUGAUGCAGAAGGAUCUAGCCAAGGAAAGGAGAGUGUUGACAAUUUGGCAAUUUCUCAGUAUCUAUUGAGGGACCUGUCAGAGAAUGGUGACCGUUCUUCAUUCAGAGGAAGUGGUAAUUAUAGUUGUGCGUCGUCUGUAAAUGGGGAUGAUGGAUAUGGAACUAAACCUCCGGGGGUAGUUGCCCGACUGAUGGGAUUGGACUCUAUGCCUACUGUAACUUCAUCUGAGCCAAGUUCUUUUGCAUCUUAUGAACCUCGUGCUAUUGGUAGUUCUUAUUAUCCUGGAGGUGCUGCUCCAUUUGAAUUUGAGCAACAUAUUAUGGGCUAUAGCUACGCGCCUAACAAAGUUGAGGAUUUCCAUUGGAAUUCUGUGGAUUCAAGAACGAACAAGGUUCAAAGCCGGGCGAUUGAGAGAUUUCAGACUGAGGUAUUGCCUCCAAAGUCAGCCAAACCAAUUUCAAUCACUCACCAUAAGCUCUUGUCUCCUAUCAAGAGUCCAGGUUUUGUACCUACAAAGGAUGCAGCUUACAUUAUGGAGGCAGCGGCAAGAAUUAUCGAUUCUGCUCCUCAGUCUACUGGGAGGGCCAAAGUCCCAUGUCUGGGGUCUCCUUCAUCAUCCUUUAGGUUUCAAGAUCUAAAAGACAAAAUGGAAGCUGCACAGAGGUCAUCCAGGCUACCUGAGUCCCCCAAGACGCAAAAGAUGUCUGCCCCUGUACAGCAAGUAAGAGGAACUACUUCUGAUAGGUCUACUCGUAAGUCUUUGUUUAAAAAUAUUAUUAGUUCACAAGCAAGCAGUUCACUGAAAGAGAAAAAUAAAGGCAAGGCAAUUCCUUUGGCUGUCCAAGAUAAAGCCAAUGUGCAGAAAAAAAAUGGUUCAGCAUAUAGUGACAGUAGGAGCCAUCAGCAGGAGCAUAAGAAGCUAAAGCAAAAGGAGCCGAAUACACAAAAGGUUGGUUCAACUAGGACUCCAAGGAAGAAGAAUUCUGGCGUGCUUAGACAGAACAAUGAGAAGCAGAAUAGUGUCUCUCACAAAGACCAGCCAAGUGCCAAAACUUCAUUCUCUGAUCAGCAACCUAGAAAAAUUACUCACGGGGAUAGUUGUCCUGGUCCAAGUAAAAUUGUAAGUAAAGUUUUUGUGAAUGCUGAAAAUGGAUCAAAGAAGGUUGCAAAAACUCGUGUAGCAGACAGGAGACCUUCACUGUAUGGUGUUAGUGAAAAUAGGCCUUCACUGAAUAGAAUGAAAAAAAUCUCAAGAAGCAAACAGCUUUCUGCCAAAGAUAACCAGUUAAGUGAGAAAGUGCUGGAAAACAGUGAUGAGAAAGGUGCACCACGUGAUGUAUCACCUCAAGGCAAUUCAAGGAGGGACAUGGAUGUAAUUUCCUUUACUUUCACCUCUCCCAUAAAAAAAGCUGUAUCUCAGUCGUCCUCGUCUGCUACUGAAACCACAAGAAGCGAUCAUCAUCUUUGUGCUGAUUCUUAUGAUAAUUGUCAAUCUGAUACACGUCCACUAUCACCACGUCGAGGGCUGAAAUUGAUCGACAGUGGUUCUUUAAGUCUUCUUUUGGAGCAAAAGCUCAGGGAGUUAACUGAUAAAAUUGGGUCAACAAAAUCUGAUUUGACAAUGGAAAGCCCUGAUACCAAUGGUAUAUCUUGUUUGUCUGAAUCAAUGCUAUUGCAAGAUGUUGUGGCCCCUUCUUUAAUGGAUUAUGAUGACUGGUCUGAUAAAGAUCAGACAAGUGCUACAUGUGAUGAUUGCUCUUCGUCUAUGAUAACUAAAUCAAGCCAGAAUUGGGAGGAUUUUGAAGGUCUUGAAGAACAGAGUGCUAGCAGCACUAACAGAUUUGAAGCAUGCAGCGAAUCUCAUCUUGAACAUCUUAAUAUCUCAAUUCCAGAAUGUUCAAUGUCCGGAAGUUGGAUGUCAUCCACUGCUACAAGUGAUGUCACUCACGGAAAUGGUCAGCCUUCAUCUCCUCGAUCUCAGGAAGUAAUAAGUUGUGUGUCUAGUGAAAGUAUCCAUCCCAGAGAAGACGAGUCAGAAUUUAUCGAUACAUCUUAUUGGGAACUAGAAUACGUGAGACACAUGCUUCACUACGCGGGAUUAAAUAGAUUAAGGUUGGAUGAGGAUUGCAAUAUCGUAGAUCCUGACCUCUUUGAUCUGUUGGAAAAUCUGAUAAAUACAUCAGGAAGAACUGCAGAACCGUGUUCCAAGCUUGAACGGAAAAUCUUGUUCAACUAUGUUACAGAAAGUGUUAACACAAAGUAUCAACGGUCUAUUCUUGGGAGCUACAAAUCAUGGUCUAAAUGGGGAAUGCUGCUUCAAAAUGAGUGGUUAACUGAGGAAGUGUAUAAAGAGAUUUUAUGUUGGCAAAACAUGGGAAAUUUAAUGGUAGAUGAGCUUGUGGACUGGGAUAUGAGUACUCAGUGUGGAAGGUGGCUUGAUUUUGAAAUUGAAUCACUAGAAGAAGGAAUCGACAUUGAAGAGGAGAUAGUAACAUCUUUGAUCGAUGAACUCGUUGCUGAACUAACUGUAUAGAGUCAAAUCUAGAUAGCUUAAGGUUAUUUAACCCCAUCUAACCCUAAUGUACAAUGUUUAGAAGAACAGAUCAUUUAGUUGAUCCUACAGCUUUCAUAAUGGUAAUGUAGUAGAUGAAUCUAUUCUUUUGGGAGAAAUUCGUGCAUCGGAAAUGGCAUCAUUUUCAUGUUGACACA